CAAGGUUACUGUGGCAACCCCGAGAGCAGCCUUGGCGCUAUGGAGGAGCCCCAGGCUACCCCUCAGCCUUACUUGAGGCUGGUUCUGGAGGUGCUACACAGGGUUGUGGCAGCACUGCGUCAAAGUAUGGGAGCAGAUUCUAAUUCUUAUGGUUUUCCAUGGGAAUGGGUGAUAUGGGCAGUUAUUUUUGUAUUUUUUGCUGUUACCUUUUUUUUGUGGAGAGGGUUUAGAUCGGUUAGGAAUCGGCUUUAUGUGGGAAGAGAGAAAACACUUGCUGAAACACUUUCUAGACUAAUUGAGGAAAAAUGUACACUACUUGAAAAAUGUAGUGUUAUUCAAAAACAGCAUGAAGGCUAUGAAGUUGAGUCAUCUUUACAGGAUCCCAGCUUUGAGAAGGAGGCAACAGAAGCACAAAGUUUGGAGGCAACUUGUGAAAAGCUGAACAAGUCCAAUACGGAGCUUGAGGAGGAAAUACUCCGUCGUAAAAGGGUUAAAGAAGAGAAAUCGAAACAGUCUGAAAAAAAUGAACUGAUGGCAGAUAUUUCAAAAAGGAUAUAGUCUCUAGAAGAUGAGUCAAAAUCCCUUGAAUCACAAGUAGCUGAAGCCAAAAUGAUCUUCAAGACUUUAUUUCAAAUGAAUGAAGAACCACUGAAGAUAGCAAUAAAAGAUGCUUUAGAUGAAAAUUCUCAACCUCAGGAAAGCCAGAAACAACUUUUGCAAGAAGCUGAAGUAUGGAAAGAACAAGUGAGUGAACUUAAUAAACAGAAAGUAACAUUGGAAGACUCCAAAGUACACGCAGAACAAGUUCUCAGUGAUAAAGACAAUCACAUCAAGACUCUGACUGAACGCCUGCUAAAGAUGAAAGAUUGGGCUGCUACGCUUGGAGAAGACAGAACGGAUGGUGAUAACUUGGAGUUAGAAAUGAACAGUGAAUUGGAAAAUGGUGCUUACGUAGAUCAUCCUCCAAAAGGAGCUUUGAAGAAACUGAUUCAUGCUGCUAAGUUCAAUGUUUUUUUAAAAAGCUUAGAAGGAGAAAUAAAUCAAAUUUACAUUCAGUCAUCUGAAGAUAAAAUGAAAGAAGAGCUAGAGUGUAUUAAAAAUCUUGAGACUGAACAACUAUCUUUGCAGUCAAAAAACAUACGUUUUGAAGGUGAGAAUCAGAAGCUUCAACAGAAACUUAAAGUAAUGACUGAACUAUAUGAAGAAAAUGAAAUGAAACUCUACAGGGAAUUAACAACAGAGGAAAAUUACUGGGUAGAGACAGAAGAGAAACUUUCUAAAGUAGACAAAAGGAUCAGCCAUGCCACCGCAGAGCUGGAGACCUACAGAAAGCGAGCCAAAGAUCUUGAAGAAGAAUUGGAGAGAACAAUGCAUUAUUAUCAAGGGCACACUAUUUCCUAUGAAAAAAAAGCACAUGAUAAUUGGUUUGCAGCUCGAACUGCUGAGAGAAAUCUCUAUGAUUUAAGGAAAGAAUGUGCUCACAACAGACAAAAGUUAACGGAAAUUGAGUUUAAAUUUGAACUUUUCGAAAAAGAUCUGUAUGCACUGGAUGUCCCAAACACACCACUUGGCAGAGAGCAUUCCCCAUAUGGUCCCUCAACAUUGGGUCGGCCUUCAUCUGAAAUGAGAGCUUUUCUGUCUCCUCCAACUUCAUUGGAGAGUCCACCCAGACUGUCACCUUUGCUUCCAAGGAGAGGAGGAAGAGGCUCCCCAGCCAAUCCUCUGGACCAUCAGAUUACCAAUGAAAGAGGAGAAUCAAGCUCUGAUAUGUUAACUGAUUCUCACAGGGGUCCUUCUGACACUGGGCCCCUGUCACCUUUGUGGGAAAAGGGAUCUUCUGGAGAUGAUUUUCCACCAAGGGAUUUCCCAGGUCCACCACAUGCUCCAUUUGCAAUCAGGCUUUUUGACGGCUUCAAAUCCAUCUGGGUUCAUGUAAGGCAUGAUGUGUAUCCGGGUACUAUUGAUCAGAUUUGUGAUUUCAGGGUCUUUGCCAUCACUGGUUCCGAGAUGUUCAAUCAGACGGAGCAGCAGUUCUCGCCCACCAGUCUGUAUGUGUAA